GCAAAAAAUGCCGCUAAAGAUGUAUUCAGUGGUGAUAAAGGCGAAGAAGGUAAGGAUAACAAAGCAACAGCGAUAUCGUUUUUUUAACCACUCAUGGUUAACCUGCAGCUAAGACAGAUCGCUGUUUUUGUUAUUGUUGCCGUUGUUUACUUGAUUGCAAAUCAGGUUUAAACUUCGUUGAAGCUUAAAAGUGUCAACAAAACGGAUAAACCCAAGCCGUUUGCGUAUUCUGAAACAUAAUAAGAAACUGUUUAAACCUGGUUUUUCAGUGUCACCAGACUGGCUAGUGAAAGUGUCUAAAAAGACAAAAAAACACAGUGUAUCCAUCGUCAAUAUUUUGCAACAAAAGGGAUAUACAGAAGAUAAAGCGCUGUACAUAACUGCAAACCGGAACUGUUCCCAGUGAAACUAGGUAUAAUUGAAUUUGUCUACUCUCGUCUAUAGGGGCCUUCCAAAAAGCUGGAAAGUUCGUGUUGUCCUCAAAACUUUGGGAACACUCCACUCCUUCCAAAACCUGUGACGUUCUCAUAACAUUUCCAAAGGGAACAGAAGACUACACCGUAAUGUGGUUGCUAUCGAGGCUUCGAGCUCGUGCCCCGGAUGUAGACGUCCAUGUGCGACAAAUGGCGCAUUCACCAGUCUAUGGCUUCUAUCUCACUUCAUCCUUUGAGGUAUUAAAAACAUACAUAAGAGCCGGUGUUGAAAUCCGCUCCCAGUUACACAAUUACAACAACAACAACACAUUUAUUGACCCCCUUAUGCAUAAGUAAGAUGAAAUUUACAUCCAAUAGAAAUUAAAGCCACAAGGGGUGUUGGCUUCCUAAAACCUAACUAACCUUCCUAACUCUAUUUCUCUCCACCAAGCUUUUCGAGGUUUUGCGAUACACGUAUUUCUAGUACACAUGAGUUUCAAAGCUCAAGAUACGCGAUACCUACAUGAGCCUAGAGUUAGGCUGCCCCAUACGUGGAAUCAAACAAAAACUAAUGGUAACCGGAACAUAAGUGACCAUAAAGAGGAGAAAAACAAACGAAACGAAAGAAGACCAGAAGCGUCUCUGCGGGCUCAAACUCCAGGUACCCUGAAUUUUUCGAUGAAAAAUGCAGAGGCUAGAGCACUACUGGACUCUCGCCGAUCAGUGUUCAUUCGUAAGCCCACAAAAAGGUGUUAAAACUCGGCGUUUAAAGUGCUCGUGCGUUCAAGAUCACACUAGAAAUUCUGAAGUAUUAAUUCUUGAGAAGGAUGGAAAACAGGAGUACCCAGCGAAAUACCUCUCGAUGGAGCAAGGUCAGAGCUCACAGCGUAGCCACCGAGAUUCGAACAUGGGCCGAAAUGGCGCCCAGUUAGGGUUGCAGCUGCAGCUCCAACGUGGGGAGCGGCUAGAUCAGUAGUGGACAUUACAACCCGGGGGUGGGGGGUACUCCGGAUUUCCGGAUUUCAAGUGUCAGGGAUGAUCGAAGGAUUUUUUGGGGUUUGAAAUGUUCGAUUUCGGGAUUUUUGGGUAGGAAAAUUUUGGCAAGUGUUUUGUUGGGUAGCCUGAUUAAAGUAGGGAUUUUUUGGGUAUUCAAAACAAUCCGAAGAUUCGUGAUAGUUCCCGCGUAUCCCGGCUGCAUAGUUCCUCUGGAAAUUUUUAUGGCUCGGAAAUUCGCCAUGGAAGUUUUUGGGGUUUUGUGUGAAGCUCUAGGGAUUUUUUUGGGGUUUGAUUUUUGCCCCUAUUCGACCACCCUUGUCACUUGAAAUACGGAGUACCUCCCCCCCACCUCCAGGCUGGGCAUUACAAUCAACUCAAUUUAAAACGGACACCUAGGACCGGCACUAAGUGUCCGUCUUAGAGAGAUGUCCGUCCUAUAGAGAGUCAAUAAAGGCAGUAAAGAAGGGCAGGGACCAUUGAGGCAGGUGUCCGUUUUACCGAUUUAUGGAAUCAACUGUGCUCCAUUCCGUUUGAUACUGUCACCCCAAGGAGUGCCCAAAAGCACUGUUGGAGCUUUCUUUUGAAAGGUCACCCUUCCAGUGAAGGGGUUUAUUCAGUGCUUUCAAAUCUUAAACAACAAACGACGACAGCAUUUGAGGAAUACCGACAUGAAUUACUAAUGAAUUAGUUUUGAACUUAGGCUUAAGCUGGAACCUGUUUAUUUCAGGUGUUUUUGCAACAAGCGGAGAAAUUGGGGUUGAAAAAGAAACUUCGCACUGGAGGAAUAACAGAGUUUAAAUACGACGAAAGGAUGGCAUAUGAGGGUAGUGACGAUCCUACAGCAUUCUUCACGUCGGGUGAAAGACAGAGCAUGAUUCUUGAGAUGGUGAAUGAUCUAAGGGCGGUCCAGGGAGAUGAGUUGGGCAAGAUCAAAUUUGUGGAGGGACAGCAGAUUGGUAAGAAAACAAUCGUGGACAGUUGCUGCGAAAUAUGAACAUACACUAUUUUCAUGUGGUAGUUUUUGAGAAAAAUUGUGACACCAGGAGUCCCCCAAGUUUUUGAAAAGGUGGAUAACUAUAUCCAGUGGAUAGUGCAUUGAUUUAAUUGUUGGAUAUAGUGUUAUUCAGCGUUUGAGCAAAAAGGAGGGAAUCGAAUAAGAUUUAAUUGCAUUUUGGAAAAAUAUGGAGCCACAUAUAAGUUUACCUUCUAGCGUUUAAACUGUAUUAAGAUCAACUAGAGCCAGGGAGGGUAAAAUUGCUCAUUCACAAACUGGAUAAUAAUGACAAUGAUAACGAUAAUUAAGAUCAAGUCUACGGUGCAUUUUGGAAAAAGUCCUCUGAAAAUCACAAGCAACUUAACUGGACUGAAGCCAUAAAUAAAUCUAUCAUCUAUAUUUUGACUGACUAUACAAACUGUAUUAAGAUCCCCACAAAUUCGAGUUGAAAAUGCGAGGACUAAUGUUUCUCCUUAUUAGUAAAAUUUUUCAAUCACGAACUGGAUUAUAAUGGUAAUAAUGAUGAUGAUGAUGAUGAUGAUGAUGAUAAUGAUAAUGAUAAUGAUAAAAUAAACGUCUGAGGUGUGAUUUCAUUUUUGAAUUUUCAGUGCCCAAACUGUUAUCUGAAGGUGUGGUAGAAAAAAUGUUUCCUCUUCAUAACCACGAUGACCUAGCCAAAUUGAGGAAGAACUGGGUGUCGGCGUUUUUCAAGAAGCAACCACUAGGUGAUUUUAAGAGAUUUGUGUUCAUAAAGACCACUUAAGGUGCUCAAAUGAUCGAAAUUUGUCUAUAAAACGCAGCCGGAAGUGAAGUUAAUGCUCAUGAUACACAGCUUCGGAGUCAGAGACUUGAAAAAAUGUUGUUUUAGUUUCCUUAAUAGAUUAUGCAAGAUAAAUAGACGUCUAAUUAUAAUGAUAUUGAUAAUAAUAAUAAUGAUAACUUGAUACAUUUAUAUGUCAAAAGAAGCAAAUUUCUUUUUAUUUUCAGACGAAAUAUGCCAAUAUUUUGGUGUAAAAAUCGCCAUGUAUUUUGCCUGGCUGGGAAUGUACACAAAAUGGCUGGUUGCUCCAGCAAUCCUCGGUAUCAUUACGUUCUUCUUGUCCAACAGAGGCGAGGCAACGCGCGACUGGUGCAUCUUCUUUUUUAAUAUCUUCAACAUCGUGUGGGCCACUCUAUUCUUAGAGGCCUGGAAACGAAAAAGCGCUGAGCUAGCCUACAAAUGGGGCACAAUGGAUAUGCCAUCAGAUGCCUUGAAGGAACCAAGACCUCUCUUUCGGGUGAGCUCUUCAACCUUUUAAGCCCUGAUAUCAAAAUUUAAAUUCUCAUUUGUUGUCUCUAUACACUUCCUAUAGAAGUAGUGAGGAGAAGUUGUUUAAGUGUUAAUUAAAUUCAUCUUGAUUCCUUAAUUAUUGUGACCAAAAUGUUUUAUGAAGCAUAGAUAUUUCAAAAAGAAAUAAGAUGCUGAUAGCGGAGUAUUUUAUACUACAUCAAAUGCACUGUAACGGUUAAAAUUAAAGUAUGACGGCCAGAGAUAUCAAGAUAGCAUUUAAAUGAGGAAGAAAAGUUUACAAUGAAAACACAACGGUUCAACACGCGAAACGCCCUGUAUCCUUAAACGACUGUCCGAUAGGACAACCUAUACACUUAUGCUCCUUAAAACUCAAGGAUUAAAAGCUUCAACGCAUUUCUUUUGAGAAAUCAGUCUUUUUGCUAGUGCUUUCUAUUGUACUUCCCUUCAGUAUAUUCCAAGAUAAAAGUCUCCCCUAAAAUGUGAAGUGUAUCUUUUGUAUGCUUAAGGUAGUGUGAAGUUUUGAUAACCUGAAUGUGUGCUCUGACUGAAGGUCUGAAUGAAUGAAUAAUAAUAAUAAUAAUAAUAAUAAUUUUUUUUUAAAUAAUACAAAAAUAACUUUAUUCAUAGAUUCAAAAAAAAUAGACUUUUUACAGAUUCAAGAAUAUGAAUAUUAAAAUACCCUAUGUACAUUCUUCUUGUGUACGAAAGAGAAUUGUCGUAAAAUGACUAUCUAAAAACUACUAAUAACAAUUAUAAAAAGCAUCAAAAAGUUAAUACAAAAAUAAAACUAUCUAAGAAUAAUUCAAACUGAUAAAAAGUUACUACUUAAAUUCUGGCUUGCGCGCUUUCCGAUGUAAUGUCAAUGUCAGAUAUAUUGACUGCUCUUCUCUUUCUCCUGGUUCCUCUGAGACACAGCAAGGCUGAUCGUAGGAUGGCAAAGGAUACUUUCGCCCUUAUCCAAGAUAUGGUUGUAGCGUAGUCAUAUAAUAAUAAUAAUAAUAAUAAUAAUAAUAAUAAUAAUAAUAAUAAUAAUGAUAAUAAUAAUGAUAGUUAUUAUUAUUGAGACAUUAUGAUCUUCCCUUUUCUUUCUAACAGAUGUUAAGGUACAAAUUUCGUUUUAAUUCUGUUUAAGUGAAGCACUGUACCUAGAUCUUUUUUAUGAGUAUUGAAUAAAGCUUUUUUGUUACCAUAAAAAAAUUAUUAUUAUUAUUAUUAUUAUUAUUAUUAUUUUUAUUAUUAUAGGGUGAUUAUCAACCGAGUGAAAUAACUGGACGGAUCGAAGCACACUAUCCAUCUUGGAAAAGAAACAUCUUUCGCUACUGUGUGUCGCUGCCUGUCAUUUUGGCCUCCCUUGGCGUGGUGUGUCUAAGCAUGCUGUUAUGUUUUGAGUUUCAACGUUGGGUGGAUGCUAUGGAAAACCCACCCAAGCCACUCAAGUUUGCUCCAAAGGUCGCCCUUGCCGUGUGCAUUGGAUUGUUGGACGACAAUUAUAAGAAAGUGGCUUAUCAUUUGAACGACAAAGGUUGGGCAUUUCUGUGAUUUUUAUCUGAGUUUCGAAAAGUAAUCUUGCUUUGUCACGAUUCUUAGUGCUACGCGUGUCGAAAAAUAAAAUGGCCGAUCAGACAUUCGGACACAGCAUCAAAACAACUCAAGACCAUUGCGUCGUAAAAAAGUUAUUCAUCGUGGUGAAGUGCGAUAAUAUGCUUUGCUAUUAUUUGUCUUAAAAAUACAGUCACUUUUGAUUUAGAAGGCAUCUAAUCUAAUUUAUCUUAAUUUAAUCUAUAAACUAGUCUAACGUCUAAUCUAGUCUAAUCUAGUAAUCGUAUCUAAUCUAAUCUAAUCUAAUCUAAUCUAAUGAAAUACUGCAAAACAGCUUUUGCUAAUCUAGCUAAGGAAUAAUCACGCCCUUUCGACAUUUUAUAUGUAUGUAUUUGCUUUGAGUUUUAAUUGGUUCACUGGAUUUGUUGCCUCUUAUCUGCUAUUACUGAAAAACUUCAAAGAAAAACUAUCGAAAGAAAAAUACAAAGAAAAAAAUGGCGGGUAUCGCUGAGCUGUAAAUGAGGUUAUGCAACUUUUGACCAUUGGUCUGGAGAUUUACUUAAUUAUAUUUGCGAUUUUUUUUCGUUCUAUUGACAGAAAACUACCGUCUGCAAGAAACUUAUGAAAAUCAUCUGAUUAUCAAGCUCGUCUCGGUAAGGCUUGUCCUUUGGCUAGUAUCUCACCAGACAAAUGAAUACUAUUGCAAUUCAAUGAAUUAAUCACCUAGAAAUAAUUAUAAAUCUACCGAUGAGCUUAUAGCAGGAACCCCUUUAAUUGGCUGCUAAUCAAUCUAUCUAUAUCAAAUAUUUUUUGCAGUUCCAAUUCUUCAAUGCCUUUUUGGCGCUCUUUUACAUCGCAUUCUUUAUCCGGGACAUGGACAGGCUAAAGACGGUGAGUUCGUCCCGGUGAAUGAUCAUAUAAUGUCGAGUUCACAUCUUUGACAACCGUAGUGAUUGCGUUAGCCCUUAAUGUCAUUCUCAGGAUCUUGAGGAACAUGUGAACUUAGACGGACAGAUCUAUAAUAGAAACGCGCUGCGUGAUUGCUUCCAUAUUUCGUUUACACGAACUCGUUCCUGAGAAUUUUAGCAUAUAGAGUUUGUAUGCGCGCAGCCAAGACUACAAGAAGUGGCGAGUCCAGAACUUUAAGAAAGUGGGGAACCCAGCUUAUCCAUACCCUGAGAAAAGAGUGGGGCCUGCGCUCAAUUUAGCCUAAUAAUAAUAAGGUAGAUCUGCCCCUGACGAGAGCCUCCAGUUUCUACAAUUUGAUUUCCUCCAAGCUUGUUUGUUUCAGAAGGAAGCAAUCGUAGAAUAAUUUCUUUCUAACAGCAACUGGCUGCACUACUCAUUACGAAACAAGUUGUUGGUAAUGUCAAGGAAGCAUUAGUUCCAUUCGUCAAGCAAAAAGUGAAGGAGUGGAAACUGAAGAAGCAGGAGGCCAAAGCGAAGAAGGAAUUAGAUGAGAAGGAAGCGAAGAGCAAGACAGGCUCAGGCGGAAAUGAGAAGACAGAUAAACCCAAGGAGCUGGACACGCCACUAAUGAACCAGGCUGAAAUCGAGAGCACCAUGGCUGAGUAUGAGGUGAGAAAUAAUUGCUGAGAGGGAAGGCUAAUCAGCUUUGUACGAAAGCAAAACGCGAAAAACAAAAGGCUAAGACGGAGAUUUUAACCCAUGCGGACCCGGUAACUAUGAAUAUCUUCAAGUUUCCAUCCCCCCCCCCCCCUCAAUUUUCAGUAUUCAGGUCGGUUUAAUUACCUUACGUAGUUACUUGCUUUCCUUUUUCACUGCUUUCACAUGGGCCAUAAUGCACCUUGUUUACUCCCCAGAAUUUUGCAUAACCAUCUUUUCCAAUUUCACCUGGGUAUUACAGUCAUCCCAAGAGAAAUCCAAGACAAUGGUAUGCAAAAUUUUGUGGGGUAAACAAAGCGCAUUAUGGUCUAUGUGAAAACGGUGAAUUCGCAUUUUAGCUAUAUAGCACUUCCUUUGUUUUACUAAGCUGUCAAGAGGCUGUCUCUGCCUUCCACCAUCAUGGGAAUAUCGAAUGAAAACUGUUUGGUAUUUGAUCCACUCCUUUAGGCUAACAACCUGGGGAGUUUUUGGACUCUGGAACCCUUGGUCUUUACCAAACCAUGGGCAUCCGCUAUUUUCCUUCCCUACGAGACUAGACACCACUACUGUCUAUCUCAGACAAACUAUGAAGCAGAAAUUCUAAUUCUUCAUAUGGCUGAUAAGUUUCUAGACCAAAAACCUCUGAUCUCUAUACCCAUCCCACAGUAAAUGUUUAACUUCUUACCCUGCCCUUCACAGUAGCACUUGUCUCAGUUAGCCCAUAUAUGGAGGUGCGCUCCCCGCGCCUUUGCCACACACCCGCUAUUAGACGCAUUUCAGAUUGCGGUUUUAACCGAACCACUGCUUCCAUUUUUAACUCCGCUCUCUUACCAUUUACUUAAUUUAUAAGUAAAUCUUUGCUGUAAUUUUUAUAACCUGCUAUCUACAGGACACAUUUGAGGAUUACCUGGAGAUGUUCAUACAGUUCGGUUAUGUGGUCCUGUUCUCCUCCGCCUUCCCGCUUGCUGCUUUGUGUGCCUUGCUGAACAACAUCAUCGAGAUCAGAAGCGACGCCUUUAAACUAUGCACCAACCUAAGGAGGCCAUUUGGAGAGAGGGUAGAAAACAUCGGCACCUGGCAGGUAAGUGGAACAAGCCAAAAAAAAAUGUCAUGGUGAGAUUUCCUGACAAUCCCGUGUAAUGCAUAGACUUCAAAAUUGACCUGACUGCGUCAUUACAUGUUUCGCAAUACUAUUCAUUUUAGAAGCUAAAAUUGCAGAUAGGUUAGCAACAACGGUCCUAUUCAGGCCUGUACACUCAACUAGAUGGUCGUACUCCAAAUACGUAUUGCCAGCGGUAAAGGUCAAUUUUUAAUGUUACACAGACUCAGUAUCCUAAAGGACUUUAAACUGUUUGUGUCCUAAUAAAUUGGCAGAUAUAGCGAUUUUAAUAUGACCACAGUCACGACGGCGUGCGCUGACCUAUAAACCGACACGACCAAUGGCAGAACGACAAAGUCGCGUUCAGCACGUUCGCUUUAACGUUCGCAUUUGAAGUUGCAUCGUCGCUUGCUAAUACUGCCUAUUCUAAAUCAAUCACAGGUACAAUAAUUUUAAAAGCUAUACUCAAAAUCGUGGUAAGUAGAGGAGACUGAUUAUGAAACAAACUGAUGAAAGGCGGCAAACAUCAAAGAUAAAACAACGGUGCCGCAGUUUAUUGGGAGCUCCCUGACGGUGCACAAUUGUUUGUUUUCUGUUGACAAAUUGUGACUGAAAAAAAUAAAUGCGACGUUUUCAUUGGUCCACAAGAUCAAAGUGUUAGGAAUACUAUUGAACGUUCUGUUCCGCCAGGUUUACAAAAACAGCUAUCAGACCAUUCUGACGGGUUUCAUAACCAUUCCACUCUAUUAAGUAUGUCAAAAUUUACGCCGAAAAAAGGUUACCUUAGCUAACGUCCUCCGUAGAACAACUACAGUCCAGUCUUUUUCUUUGUAAGGAUGCCAUGGAGGUCAUGGGUGUCAUUGCUGUGAUGGUGAACCUGGCUUUGCUGGGCAUGGGUGGCUCGGUCCAGCGGAUGUUCCCAAACAUGACAGUCACUGAUAGAAUCAUCCUCAUAAUCGUCUUAGAGGUUAGUUAACCUUAUUAAAAAGUGUUCAGUUUUACCUACUUCCUUGAUUCAAUAGAAGACCAAUUUUCGAGCAAUGAUAAUAAAGAAUAAGCAAGUUGCUUCUUUUAUUAUAAAACAAUAAACAAAAAAAGUAGCUGACAAUGAUAACAAAUGAUUAGUUCGGUAGACAUCUGCACUCUCAACAAAGCCAACUUGAUGAGCCUGUCAUACAAUUAAGAUAUUCAAGUCAUUCAAAAGGGUAUCAGGUCAAAAACAAGUAGGAAAAAAAAGAAUCUUUCACCAGAGCAAAUUAGGAAUUUUUACAUACAAUAGCGAACCCUAUCUACAACAGACAUCGUUUGGACCGUCUCGAGCCCUUCAGUAUAGGAGAGAAAUCCGCGUUGCAGUAAGUCAAAAAAAAAAAAUGCUGAGCUGAAGAACGACAAGGACCAAACUACCGUAAACUCUAGAAAUAUCCCCUCCUUCAAACCCCUUUCAAAUUAGCUCCUCCUUUAAGCUACAAAUUUUAAACAAGCGAGCCCUUUCUCCACUCAAAAAAAAAAAGAUUCGUGAGCGCUAACUCGAGCAUUUACUAAAAUAUGCAGGUGUCCGUUCUACUAAUAUUGGCCUUUUGGAGAGAAUAAACUAUGAUGAAUGUAGUUUUUCCCGUUAGUUACGUGAUCAAGUCUAGACGCACUAAAUGCUUCCAUGUAACCUUCAUUCGUUCAAGUUUCUCUUUUUAAAGAUUUGUUGUUUUUUAGCACCUUGUUCUUGGUAUCAAAUUCGCUGUGGCCUAUGCCAUUCCUGACAUACCAGAAUGGGUAGAGAAUGAAAUUGCCAAGAUGGAGUUCCAGCGCAGGGAGGCUCUUAAGGUAGGCUUACAUGAAAACAAAAACCAUCAUAUAUCCUUUAGUCCUCAGAGAUCUCGGUUUUUU